AUGAACCGAAGAAGAACCACUAGUAGAGGGACCCCUCCUGCUGCGAAGAUGAGUCAUCAGCCACCAAGGCUCCUCAUUGUGCAUACUGCUGUGCCUUCCUGGGCCCACAUCUGCCCCAACCUCUGUGAGGCCUUACAGAACUUUUUCUCCAUAGCCUGCAGUCUGAUGGGCCCCAGCCGCAUGUCUCUGUUCAGCUUGUACACAGUACAAAACCAACACGAGUGUAUCCUCCCAUUUGUGCAAGUGAGAGGGAACUUCGUGAGGCUGCAGGCCUGCAUCUCAGAGCUGCGCAUGUUAGAGGUGGAAGGUUGUUACAGACCACACCAUACCUUACUACCGUUGGCUGUAGAGGAUGGGCUCCAACAGUUCAAACAAUUCAGCAGAUACAUGGCCACAAGUGCUGCUCAGCCCUGUACUUCCCUGGAGAUCACUAUCCUGACUCCUCGGCCUGGAAAAGAAGUGGUCAGACACCUGGAGGAAGGGCUGAAGGACAUAAACCUACUUAGUGUCCGAAGGUUGCAAGUGGUGGAGAUCACGAGAGACAUCCAAGAGCAUGUGGACUCACCGUCCCCCACUGAAGAACCCAGCAGUGGCGAGAGUGCUAUCCUGGAAGCUGACAUUGUCCUUCAGAGUCUCGACAAUGAUGUUGUCAGCAUGGAGACCUUCUUCAAAGCCUGGAUGCAUAAUAGUGAAACCGACCAAGAACACAUCCAUCUUCUUCUUGCUCCACAGACCCUUCCUCCUUCUUCCAGGGCAAGAGAUAAUCCAAUAUGCCUGAAAUGUGACCUCCAAGAGCGAUUUCUCAGCCCAUCCCUGCUUCCUGGUACAGCCGAUGGCAUGUUGAGAAUCGAUGACCCCAAAGGAGACAUCAGCACACUCUACCAGAUGGCUUCCCUGUCAUCAGACUCUCCGUACAAGCUGCAAGUGGUCAAGGCUCUUAAAUCCAGUGCGAUCUGUGAGUCCCUGACCUAUGGACUCCCCUUCAUCCUCAGACCCACAAGCUGUUGGAAGCUGGACUGGGAUGAGCUGGAAACAAACCAGCAACAUUUCCAUGCUCUGUGUCACUGCCUGAUGAAAAGAGAUUGGCUGCUGUUGGCCAGAGGGGAGCCCCAGACCCCCAGACACAACCAGAGUGUCCCCACCAGCAGCUUCUAUGUGAUCACACCAUCUCAGUCUCUCACACUGCUGGUGAAGUUGGUGGCCACGAGGGAACUGAUGCUGCCUGGCUUCUUCCCCCUGCUAUCUGAGGACCCACCUGAAGACAGCCUAAAGAUGAUAGAGAGCACACUAGACAGCCUGGAGCUGGGGUCCGCCUACAACCCCCUGCAAGUUGAGAGUCACCUGUAUGCACAUCUGAGCAGCUCCCAUGCCAAGCCUCAGGGGCGCCUCUGCACAAGCUGGGAGAGCCGGGGCCUUAGAAAGGCCGGACAGUUGCAGACCAACAGAGUUCGAGCCACAAUGGUCCCCCUGCCCGUGGUACCAGCCCCAGCUAGAGCUCCCAAGACGUCAGCAGCCAGCAAAGCUUCCUCAGGAACCUUCCUGCCCUCUGAUUCAGAGGAAGAGUAUCCUUCUCAGACCUAA